AUGGUUUUGCAAGAGGUAAGCACCCCCUCCUCAAACCCGCCUACCAAAGGGCGACUCCGCGGCCUCCGCACCCACGACCUGCCGCGCCGCCUCCCCUCCCGCGGGCAACCCAAUCUGCAGGCGCCCCCCCGCCCGCUCGCUGCGCACCCCCAUCUCUGCAGCCGCCCGCCCCCGUCCCCGCCGCACGACCCUAUCUCUGCAAGCCCUCUGUGUGACACCAUCUCUACAAGCCCGCGGGCUCCGCGCGCCCCCAGCAGGGGGGGGGGGGGUGGGGGUGUGGCCCCAUCUCUGCAGAGUCCCUCCCCUCCCCCCGCGGGCACCGAUCUCUGCAGGAGACACCCCCACCCCCCGCACCCAUCGUCUACAGAUCUCUUCCCAACGUCUUUGCAGCCAACCCCCCUCCCCCCAUCUCUGUCAGCCAAAAUUUCUCCUCCAUUUAAUAUGGAAACUGGCAAUUCACUAGAGUCGGAUAAUCAGUUAGAGUUUAUGCCCGCUGAAGGCGCCUCUAAAAUCGGUUCGACAUCUACGUACUUUGGUACUGAUAAUACUCAAAUCACUAUUGAUACUUUUGAUAAUGAAAAUGAAAUUCAAUGGAGUCAUGAACCGGAGAUUGGUGAUUUUGAUGGAGAAAAUGAAAUUCUAUAUGAUAAUGAGCUAGCAAUUGAAGAUGAACCGACAAUCAAUGAGCCAUAUAUCGGACUGGAGUUUGGUAGUGCCGAUGAACAGGAUUCAACAAUUGAGUUGCCCAACAAAUUGCAGCAGGAUUCAACAGUAAUGGAUUGA